AUGAAGCCAUCAUUGCUAACGAUCGUUUUUCUCACUGGCACUGUUCGUUCAAGAAACAUAUGGGAGGUUUUUGGAGAGUAUUUUGGUUAUGGAGAAGGACAAAGCGAGGAGAAUGCUAACUCGCUAGAGGAGAAAGAGGAAAAUUCGAAUUCAAUUGAAGAGGAUGAUGAUCGCUAUAGGGAGAGAUUUCAAUGGUGGAAACCGGUGGAAGGCGGUGGCUUUGAGGAAAUCAAUGUGACCUGGCCAGAAGAUCCUGAGGAUGAGCAGUACGAGAACGAAAUCCCGGGUGAGGAUCUCGAUAAUCGCGUUGAUUGGAGAUUCAAACCACCGCACGAUCCUCGCACUGAGGAAGGCUACCGUCGGUAUUUGCAAAGUUUGGAAGAGUGGAUCCAUAAUAUUUCUAAUCAAGACCACGGUUUUGGUAAUGGUGGCGUUCACCCUUCAAUUACUCAGGAUGUUCUCUUCGGACAUGAAGAGUUAAAAUGA